GCCACGAACAUGGGAAAUCUGCUCGCGUCUUCUCCAUUAACCAUCCUUGCAUCGGCACCGAAGCAACCUCUCGCUCAACCAGAGGAAGAACCAAGCCGGAAGAGAGAGGACGAUGCCACAUUGUCGUCCUUACCUGGUUCUCUUAGCCACGAAAACGCGCACACCUCGCGGCUAAGAAAGCUGCAGAGCCUGGAUUCUUCUCAGCAAGGUCCGCACGGUAAUCUCCAAAGCUCAAAAAGAAGUGCUUCCGAAGAACUUACUCAAGACGCAUGUGAGCGAAGCAUGAAGCAUCAGCGAAUUGAUCCUGACGGUGGCAUUACGCAGUCGUCUCAUGGAUCUCCGGUCGAAACGCUGCUUGAGUUCGCUGAGCUACCAAAACGUAUUCGCAAAUGGACACAGAAAAUAACGCAACAGUCGCAGCAACAGCAAGCUCGACUGGAUAAUCUCGAGCGAGAAUUACGCAACUCGACUGGAGACGAUGCAAACACAUGUGCUGCCUCCACAGCCAGAUCCGAGGGCUCUGGAACUGGCGUUCGUAUCACGCAGGAUGACGAAUUUCCUGCAAGUGGUGAAGAAGUCGAGGACAAUCGAUCUCACGCUGUUGACCUCUCGGAUGAUCGCAAUGGAGAGCAGACGAUAGACAAAGCCCAACAAGCGGAGUAUGAAAAUGAUAAAUACUAUACGGAAAAGGCUGCUAGCUCCAUAAUAGAAACUGAGGAUGGAAAUCAGCCUAGCAACGCAGAAAUCCAUCGCACAGCAUCCGAAUUACUUGCGAAGGCGCGUGAAGUCACCAGAGAUUUCGACAGGAAGAGUCCACUAGGCGACUACACACGGUUGGUUGAGCAAAUUGAUCUCAAUGAAUUGGCUGUCGAUGACUCGAUGGACAUGAUAAAGAGCAUGGCAAAGUCGAACAAUACUGAGGCGAUGGAGCAUCUCCAAGAUAUCAAAGAGUUGAUGGGGUCUAUCAGGAAGGAAAAGACUCGUUGCGAUGCAAAGUUGACCGUGAUUAUCGCGCAGCGGUGGAAGGGAAGGCAGCCGGAUCUCGAUCUUCUGCAGCAGCCAUCGGGAACAGAGCUGAUAGACGUCCCCCACAGCAAGUUCGUAAAGGCAUUCGGUAAGCUGGAACGAAAUGUGGAAGAAGUGGUGGCUUUGCAAGUGGAGCUGACAAAACGAUUGCGCUGGCUAAAAGCUGAAGACACAGGCAAAGGUGAACAAUUCACGAAGCUGCUGGGAUUAUCUAGAAAGCUGGAGGCCGAGUUAUCUGCGAAAUCAAUGCUGGAGCGUCAGUGCGACAACCGUUGCGUCGAGGUGCUGCAGUUGGACGCCGGAAUCCGCGCUUCAAGCUCAGACGGGAUCGCUUCUUCUAUUGCAUAUCCUGCGCCAAUAACGGCGACGCCAACCAUCGAUACGCUAGCCACAGAGCAACCGGUAAUCACUACACAAACCCCAACAGAGACACCUAUUUCAAUGCCAGUAGCCCCAACACCAGUGGCGAAUGAACCCGUUAUCGUAACUGAGUCUGGAGGCACCAGCUCGGCUAUCGUGAAGCGGAUGACGUCAACGGUAGCGAUGGUGAUGCCGAGCAGGACGACGACGAAGCUGCCACUGCUCAACCAGAACCAGACUCUUCUACAUUUCCAGUCUGUCGCUAGCAUUGAGUGCAGCAAGAGAGAAGUGGAUAAAAUCUACACUUUGUACUCGAACUGCCGCUCCGCCUUCGACUUGUGUGUGCUGGCUUCACACUACCAGAUCUUCCCGUUCCAGGGCAAGCACCCGACACAAACUCAAAUCCAAGACAUGGCGGGGUCUGAUGCCCUGCGUUGCCAUCUUGACCAACGUCAUGAGGAGGAAGCCCCUUCUGUCGACGAGUUCCUGGAGCUUGUAGCUUGGCGAUAUGAAGUUGAUCGGGCAAAGGCUGCUGGUGUACCUUACGACAGUAGCUCGGAACUUUUCGCCGAGUUCGAGACCAACCUGAACGCCGCUCGCGAGAACACCACGAUCCGCGUGAAUGAGGAUUUAUCGGUGGACGUUCGACUGCCCAAUGGAGCGUACGAGACUUUUGAGGACGCAAUCGACCUCAUUGUGACAGAACUGACUUGGUCCCCGGAUACGCGAUCGCUAGUAGCGCGACCGGUUCAUGGUCGUCACCCAGCGGAUCCACUGGAGUCGUAA